AUGGAAAAAAUAUCUACAGACAAACACAUUUUUCACAAAACCUGCUUCUGUUGUAAACAGUGCAAGAAAAAAUUAAGGUGAGAUAAAAUUUCUUUGCCAAAAAAAAAAUAAAAAUAAAAAAUCAAUCACAAUCUUUGAGUAUGAUUCCAAAGACUGAUUUGCUUUCUGUCCAUAAUAUCGCUCAAAUCAUUUUUUGUGCUAGCCUGAACUUGGGAUAAACCCUCCCACUAAAUUUGACCAACAAAUGUCAAUUUAUCACAAAAUGCAGCUUUGCAAGUGGCAGACCAUGAUGUUUUGAAUCCACCACUUCAAACAACCAACAUUGUUCAUAAAUGAUAUAAUUAGACUGGCGCAGCAACUUUUAAGAAAAUGUGUUUAAGGUUUCAUUAAAAACUAAUGCUGAACUGCAUAUCAAUCUCUGAAUUAAUACCAGAAACUUGAUAUAAUGUCCAUCUAUCCAUUUUCCUUAAAGUGUAGUGGCUGUGGCCAGAUUUAAAUCAGUAGGGCAUCAAGCCCCAAUGCAUUUAAAAUGAAAAAGUCUUGAGAUGGUAACAUGUCUGCCAUGGGUAUACUUGUUAAAUAUAAGAUGGUGGAGUUGAAAUGCCUCUUGAACAUCUUUUUUCUCUGCAGCAAACAAAGCCUACAUAUAGGUCUUCCCUUACCAGUUAACUCCAACUUUUCACUAAACUGAAAAUGGCCCAGAUUAUAUUUUUGGAAAAGUUCUCCAUAAGCAUCUAUCAAUAAGCUAGCUUGACUUUUAAUCAGAAGCUUCUAUAAAAGGAGUUUUCUGUAAAUUUAAUGUCAACAAAGCCCACCCAGGUGAGAUAAAGGUGGUCAAUUUUACUGUUAUUAUAUAAAGCCCUUAUUAAUUUCACUGAACCACCAAUAAGAGAGCAGGAAACACUGCAUAUUCAAAGAUAUUCCUUUAUUAGUACCACAGGGGGAAAUUCCAAAGCAGCAUUUCUGAUUAGCUGAAAGAUUGGCUCUUUCCAUUUAAAUCUUCAGAUUUUGCUUCAAACUGAAAAAGGCAGGUUUUAAAGGGUUUAUCCUCUCAGAAAAUAUUUAUUCAUAUAUUAAUUUUCAAAUUGUAAACUGAUUAAAUAAAAUCCUGAGUAUUUAUUACAACUGAAUGAGAUGUUUGCAUCACAGAAUAUGAUUUUUAUUGUGCACCAUUUCCAUUCUUUCUGCUUCUUUUUCACUGGUAAAUUAGUCAACCACUAUUCAAAAAAUCUUUUAGCAACUGUAAAAAUGUCUAAUGAUGUUUAUAAUUGACCUUUUUGACUUGAACACAGUCCUCAAUUUAAAAUGUUAUCUGACAAACUUUGCUCACAUUAUAGCAUACAGAAUUACGUUCCAUUAUACGGGGAAUUCUAUUGCAUAUUUCACUACAAACAACUGUUCCGGAGAAAGGGGAAUUAUGAUGAGGGUUUUGGACAUGCUCAGCACAAGAACCGCUGGCUUUCGAGGCGCACUUCUGACGUCUGCAAUGAGUCUGAGUCUGAGGCAUAA